UAGGUCGAUUCAAAAAGGAAGUAAAUAUAUAGUUUCAAAAUGGCGUCUGGUGGGUGUGAAAACACUUCAGAUGAGAUUUUUAAUUUUAAAUGUUCACCUUGUCUGGCAAAUAACCGAACUAGAGAAGCACUGAAAUAUUGCGUGGAAUGUCAGGGAUAUUGUUGCAAGGAAUGUACUGACAUUCACAACGGAUUACCUGGUUUGAAAGGUCACACGCUAUUGGAUAAGUCGAAUUAUAAGUCGUCACGCCUCACAGCAGGAUUACCAGCAAUACCGACUGAGAGAUGUAGCAUUCAUGAGACAAAGAUCGUGGACAUGUAUUGUGGUAAUCAUGAUGAAGUCGGUUGUACAACUUGCAUGGCUUUAAACCACAGGUCUUGUGCUGAUGUGCAAUCCAUUCCAGAUAUUGUCGAUAGUAAAUUUCCUACGACAGAUGUUGACAAAAUACACCAAAAGAUGCAAGACUUGAAAAUUAUGAUGGAGAAAAUUAUGAACACCAGACAAAGACUGAUAGAAGAAUUAAAGAAGUCUAAGACAGAAGCAGUAAUGUCGAUAAAGAACUUUCGAAGGGAGAUGGAAACAAUUCUUGAACAACUAGAAAAAGAAUCGAUUAAAGAAUUGGAGAUGAAAUUCAUAAAAGAAGAGUCGAAACUGCUAGAAGAGAAGAAGAAAUCAGAAACUGAAUUAGAUGGUCUGAAACAAGCAGUGAACGACUUGAAGAAAUCAGAAGGAAACAAAGCCCAACAAUUUGUUUCCAUGAAAAUGUCCUUGAAAAGAAUUGCAAAAACGGAAGACGUAUCUAGUUCAUUGCAAACAAGUAUUGAUGUAAAAAUAUCCUUUAGCUUUGAUCCCGCUAUACUGGGAUUUCUACAACAGUUGAAAACCUUUGGAUCGGCCCGACAUGGUUCUAUCACUGCUUUACGAUCGCCAAGAACAACAGUCUAUUCUGUUGAAAGUAUCUAUAACUUAAACAUCAGAGGCCAGAAUGAUAACAACAAAUGCAGUGUGUAUGGAUCCUGUCUUACAGAAGAUGGAUCACUAUUGUUAGCUGAUAAUAACAAUAAUAAUAUUAAACGUGCAGAUAUUGUAAAAAUGGCAGUUACAGAUUAUUUAUGUGUUCCUGCUAGACCUAUUGGCAUUUGUUGUACAAGUAAAACUGAAGCUGCAGUCUGUCUGGACAAUAAUACAGUUCAGUUUGUCUCCCUUGACAAGCAGAUUACAACCACUCGUCAGAUAAAACUGAACCAUAAUUGCUUCGGCAUUGGAUAUAAGGAUGAGAAACUCUACAUAACUGACAACAGGGGAUCGUUAUACAUACACGACAUGACAGGCAACAUACUACAGACGGUAACUCAAGAUAAUGCCGGACAAAGUCUGUUUUCAAACAGUCGAACUGUUGCUUUCAGUGAUGUUGAUAAAGAAGUGUUUGUUGCUGGUUGGGGUAAAGGUCUAGUUAUUAUUGAUGGACAAGGAAAGCACUGUCAGACCUUUAUUGAUUCAGAGUUAAACGUAGCGUCUGGAGUUUGUACAGAUCGUAGAGGAAAUCUGUUUGUGUCCGGGUUUAAUUCAAAUAACGUGAUACAGAUAGGGAGAGAUGGGAAGAAAAUGGGAGUUGUCGUGAACCAAUUAGAUGGACUUGAAAAUCCAGAGUCAGUUUGUUUUGACAAAAGGCAAUGCAAAUUACUGAUUACCCAACGCAACAACAAUACUGUCAAAGUAAUCUCUUUGCACUAAAGAGUGAUUAUAUUACAAUAUUUUGCUAGUAUAAGUACAUCAUGCUGUUUUCGUAUAUUACUUGAAUGUAAUCAAAGAACGCUGAUAGCAAACAAUAACAGCAGUUACCUUAUCAAGUUAUGCUUAGGCCUAAUUCUUGACAUACAAAACAAGAAGUACAUAUGGCAUUGAGGGUUUCUUAAAACAGUGUUCAAAGCAGCGUGGUGUUGAAAUUAUUUCUCAUUCAUUUUUGGCUCGAUUAGAUUGUUACUAAACAAAGAAGGACAGUCUCUUGUAUAUUCUGUGAUAAACAACAGUUUAACAACAGUCAAAUUGUAUCAUGACGUCCAGUUUAUUACAACUCUGAUAAAUAAAUUCCAGUAUGAUCUUAUCAGAAUACUUCAAUGAACAAGUAAGACUGAAAACAAUUAAGACCUCCUUUUAGUCCAUCGUCCAAUUUACCAUGAUUCAUCGUUCAAGUGCAUAGAUAAUUAACAACUCGGGCUAACACCCUCGUUGUUCAACUGAACUCAUGUGAACUCUGAACCGUGUUAAAUCAGCUGAUAAACCACCCGAAAGCCUUGAAUAUUGCUUGAUAACGUACCUAUUUAGAGUAUAUGUAAACUGUUUUAUUGUGUUCAGCAAUUAACAUGCACAGCGUUCUACAUGUCAUAUUUUUAUUUUUACUGUCCAAUGACAGAAAAACAUACACUGCACCAUAUAGUGUUUUCUUUUCUGUUUCUGAAUGUUUCGAUUGAAGAAUUGUUUGUGAGUGUCUGCAUUUCGUUCAUAUUUAUUUACUUUUUAGUGUUAUUUUUGUGCGUUUAGACAGGUAUAAACAACAUUGAAACUUCUGCCCAAUUCAUGAAUCACGACAGGUUCUGAUUUGAAUUAAAACUAAAGUUGAAUUCAAUCAAAAGUGAAUAGUUGUAUUGAUUCAGUUGGAAUCUUUUCCGCAAAAAAAAAUGAAUUUUAGUUGUAAGUGAUUAUGUUUUUUUAACGACGCCAUAUUUUCUGUGUAUUUCAGCGAAUGACGCAGGUAAUCGCGGGGGGAAAGUGUCUCUUGAAGUCAUUGCACAAAUAUUGUUUAUAAACGAACUUUCGUUACAA